AUGCAGCACAUUCGCAUUAAGGGCCCACCUGUUUCGGCCCGUCCUCGCGGACUAGUCCCGGACACGCUCAGAGCUGCUAAGGCGAAGUUAGAGCAAAUGCUCGAACUGGGAAUCAUUCGGCCGUUCAAAAGUCCAUGGGCAUCACCAUUAUACAUCUUGCCGAAGAAAUCCGGUGACUGGAGACCCUGUGGUGACUACAGGGCGCUUAACAAAGUUGCCGUCCCGGAUAAACACCAUAUUCCGCACAUGCACGAGUUGACCUCAGCUCUAGCUGCUGACAUGCUCAUGGCCAGCUCUUCCGACGAGGAACAACUUCAUCAUCUCGACGCUUUUUUACAACGCUUAACACAGCAUACGGUUACCGUUAACCCGGAUAAAUGCGAGCUUGGCCAAAGUUCCAUCGACGUUCUUGGCCAUUGCAUAUCCGUCUCCGGUAUUGAAGCUCUGCCAAACGAAAUCCAGGCACUGAAGGACUAUCCUGCUCCCAGUUCCUUCAAACAGUUACGCCGCUUCCUUGGCCUAGUCAACUAUUAUCGACGCAUUAUUCCUAACUGCGCGAGCAUUGUUUAA